GCCUCUCCCGUGGGGCACUCCCAAGAUGGCAGCGCCCAUGAGCCGCGGCGACGUGUGACAAGUAACGGGGGCGAUUGCGGCCUGGGCUAUGAAGCUGGAGAUCUGUUCCUCUUCGGCGGCUGAGAGCAGCCAGUCCGGUAGGAGGAGAGGCGGACGGAGGCGGCCUCCGCCGAAGAAGCAGCCGCCGAUCGGGAAGUUGCACAAACUGGGGCUGUCGGUGAAGGGGUUCGUGGAGGCCGCGGCGGGGCCCGAGGGCGACGGCGAUGGCAGCGGCUCCUCCGGGGCCCUUCAGCAGCCGGCUUGGAACGGCCGCCGGAGUCGACGGGACAUGAGGCGAGAGAAGCGCAAGCUGAAGCGAGGGCGGCGGAAGCGACUCCAGAUCGUCAACGGGGAAGCGAAGAGGCUGCUCCCAUCACGGGCAGGCCCCGUUAGGAAGGGGAUCCCGCCGCCGCUGGAAGAAGAUCGAGAAGAAGAAGAAGAAGAAGUGGAAGAGGAGAAGCUGCCGCCGCCACCGCCACCGCCACCCGAGCUUCAGCCGCGGGCCCAGCAGUCCCGGUCAGCUCCCUCUGCUACGGCCGCGACUCGCAAAAGAGCCUUGCUGGCAGCCAACGAGGCGGAGCAGCGGGAGAUCCGCCGCCUGGAGCGGCAAUUGGGGCUCCACAAGCGCCGCAAGAAGCAGCGAGGGGGAGGCGGUCAGGAGGGGGAAGCGGCGGCGGCAUCAUCCUCAUCCUCCUUGCCCCAAAGCUUCUCUCGGGACGGGCUGGAUUACGUGCUGGGAGCGCUGAAGUCCGAGGCCGCUUUCUCGGGCCUCUACGACAAUGGCCUGGCGGGAGAAGGUGAAGGAAGCGGGAGUGAAGAAGAAGAAGAAGAAGAAGAAGAAGGCCUGAGCCCGGUUGAGGACGGAAGCUCCGGGGAUUUCAGCCCAGAGGAAGGAAGCGAAAGCGAAGAAGGGGAGUCCAGCCAAGAGGCUACUGGGCUGGCUGGGGGAUUCUCGGUGUUCAAACCCGCAGAUCUUAAUGUUGCCGCGGUUGAAAAACAGACCUGCCAAGCAUGGAGGAGGCCUGAGAAUCCUAACCAAGUUGCUGUAAAGCAUGUUCCUCCUCAAAUGCGAAUUUCCGAAGAGCCAGUAGAUUCCAAAAAGAAAGAAGAAUUGGAAAGACUAAAGAAAACAGUGAAAGGUCUGAUUAAUAGGUUGAGUGAAUCAAAUCUAGCCUCCAUCAGUGGGCAGUUGGAAGAACUGUAUAUGACAAACAGUAGAAAAGAUAUGAAUGAAACAUUAACAGAUAUUCUUAUUGGUGCUUGUGUUAUGGAAUCAGCAGUGCCAUCCCGACUCCUGUUGGAGCAUGUUCUUUUGGUUGGUGUUCUUCAUCAGACUGUGGGAAUCGAGGUUGGUGCUCAUUUUCUGGAAACUGUGGUGAGGAAAUUUGAUGACAUCUACAAAAGCGAAGCCGAAGGGAAAGAAUGCGAGAACUUGCUGGUUUUAAUUGCUAAUUUAUAUAAUUUUUAUGUAGUUCAUUCAGUGCUGAUCUUUGACAUCUUAAAGAAGCUUGUUAGCACUUUUUCUGGAAAGGACAUUGAACUGAUCUUGGUGCUGCUGAAGAACGUGGGCUUUUCCUUGAGGAAGGAAGAUGCCCUAGGACUAAGGGAACUUAUCAAUGAGGUCCAGAAAAAAGCAAAUGCAAUGGGGAAACAAUUCCAGGACCAGUCAAGGGUUUGCUUUAUGCUGGAGAUUAUGUCGGCGCUAAAAAACAAUGACAUGAGGAAAAUUCCUGGUUAUGACCCAGAACCCACUGAAAAAUUACGAAAACUACUGAGAACAUUGACACACAAUAGUAGUUCCGGAAAAGAAUCUCAACUUCGUGUGUCAUUGGAAUCUCUCCUCAGAGCUGAUCAGGUUGGUCGUUGGUGGAUUGUUGGGUCCUCUUGGAGUGGUGCUCCGAUGAUUGACAGCACAAACAACAAAACUGAACAAAUACUACCUGUGGGAAAGGUAAACUCAAAAAUUCUGAAACUCGCUUGUAAGCAAAGAAUGAAUACUGAUAUCAGAAGAAAUAUAUUUUGCAUCUUGAUGACAAGUGAAGAUUUUUUGGAUGCCUUUGAAAAACUUUUGAAGCUUAAGCUUAAAGACCAACAGGAGAGAGAGAUAGCCCAUAUCCUCCUAGAUUGUUGCCUGCAAGAGAAGACUUACAAUCCCUUCUACGCAUAUUUAUCCGCCAAGUUCUGUGAAUACGAAAAGCGAUUUCAGAUCACAUUCCAGUUCAGUAUUUGGGACAAAAUCAGAGAUUUAGGAAGCCUGUCCACCACUGCUUUCUCCAACUUAGUUAAACUUGUGACUCACCUGCUAAAGACUAAAUGGCUCUCUCUUACUGUCUUCAAGGUGAUUGAAUUCAGUGACUUAGAUAAGCCAAAAGUUAACUUUCUGCGACAGGUGUUGUCUGCAUUAUUCCUAGAAACGGAACAAGAAGUUCUCAACCAUAUGUUUGAAAAGUUGGCUGACAAUCCCAAGAUGGGGAUGCUACAUGAAGGCUUGAAGCUUUUUCUGACACAUUUCUUGAUGAAAAAUACUCAAGCUCACCCAGAUAUUAAAGAAGGUGCUUUACUAAAAGAGAAAAUUGAUCUUGUAACUCAAACGCUGAAAGCAAAAGAAUCGAGAGUGAAAUUAUAAUAGCAAGAACAUGCUAUAGAGUUUCCCUUAUGAAAAAUAGAGAAAAUGUUUGGGUAAUGUGGUGUCAUAUGAUCUACAAAUGUCAUUGUUCUAUAUAACUUCACAAAAACAUGGAAUAAGGUUUUAUAUUGAGAUUUAUAUGCAUAUAUUUAGAAAUAUAUGCACAUAUAAAUAAUCAGGGCUUUUAGACAAGACAAAAUCACCAAUGAACAUUGGGAGAUUUGGGGCAAAAAAUGAAGUUUUAUUUCAAAUGUACCUUGAUAUUUUACUUUCUUUUAAAGCUACACUUGGAGCAUUGAGUGGGAUUUAUACAUAAUAAAUAGUAAUCAUGUACAAGUUAAUUUUAUAUUUCUCAUCCCAUUUUAUUCUGUUAGUAAAUUUUUAUUUUGUUUUAAUGCGGAAGCUUAAAUUCCCUACUGUUUUGCUAAAUUACCAUUGUGUAUAAUUUAAAGAUGUACUUUCUACAUACAGUAAAUGAGAAUGUCAUACUUUAAUAAAAAUAAUACAUAAUUUUUAUAUUACUGAUUCAUCUUACUACUAUAACUUAUUUGUACUAGUAAUUCUCCCUUGUGAGAUGGAUGGGCCUUGUGUUCUCUUACAGAUCAGUUCGGUAAUGCUGCCAAAAAUACUAUAUGGCUGCAGGGAUCAGAUGUUGAUCUCAAGUAGCUCAAUAAUUUGAAAUAAGUGUAGAUUUGUCAGAUAAAACUCAGAUUCCCCAAAGUCUGUAGGACCAGAAAGCGUACAUGCACAUACACUCCAUACACACACA